CACGUUCUUAGUGUCACCAUCGAUUUCGGUUGAGCUGUCCGCAAGAUACGGUGUUAAACCUUUCUUCAAUUUUCUCCCAAGUUCCUGCAGACACGCCGACAAAAAUACUAUCCUGCUCCGGCGGAAAGCGACGACUGCCCUAGUGGGAAAAAUUUUUAAUACCAGUUUCUCAUUGAGAGCCGAGCAAGCAAGACGUGUUUUGUAACAGAGCUGUGAAUCAGGGGUGUCUUCGUGCUCGGACUGACGGACGAAUUGUUCUUGGAGCGGACACAUUGCUAUGAAGUCGUGGAAGGUGGUGGAAAAGUUCUGUGAGAUAUACCUCAAAAAUGUUAUGCAUCAACCCGUCAAUGAUGCUCUCAAAUUAAACUAGAAAUGAACAACUCUUUAAAUACCACCACCAGAGGGCGUUAUUGUGAAGAAUGGGAAGGUGCCAGACACGGGUUGUUUCAACUGGCUAACCUUUGUUUUGCUGGAGCUUUCCUCGUGCCACCGAAACUACAGAUGAAUGUCUUACUCAUGCGUAGUACACUAACGGUCGGAUUUCUGCUAGUCACAUUAUGGGCAGGUGUGGACAUAUGCGCUCCGGACAUUUUCGCGUGGAACGUCACUUUCCUCUUCACGAACCUACUGCACUCGCUGUUCCUUCUCUACCGAAACAUACCGCCCAGGAUUCAGCCACAGCUCUUGGAUUUGUUCCACAAAAUUUUUGUUCCGUUAAAAGUCGACAAGAAAAGCUUUAUGGAUUUAGUAAAAGAAGCUGAAGUGAUUUCCAUCAAACCAGAGGAAUAUUAUGCUAUAGAGGGCGCUACGGCAGCAGACGAAAGAUUAGCCGUAUUGCUUAGUGGAAAGAUGAAAGCCACGUUUGGAAACCUUCUUCUCCACUAUAUCCAUCCAAACGAAUUCCUGGAUUCACCGGAAUGGGAAUCGUGCACGGUGGAUAGUGAUAAACUUUUCCAGGUUUCUAUAUCUGCUGUGGAACCAAGUCGUUUCUUCUUUGGUCACGUCGGAAACUUGAUGCUACUCUCAGUAAUAACAUAUUCCUUCGUAAUCUCAUGUAUAAUCUUAUUGGUAAGGAUAUCACCAACAAACUCUACUUGCUCAACGAAGUCCAUCGUUUAGACUGGAACCUCAGGAAUAAAUCCCAAAUACCCGACUGGUGGCGCCACCAUAUCACAAGGAGUGUGAGUGCUGAUGCUGUCCACAUGGGAACUAAAGGCCAUUUGAGGUCACUUUUGUGGCGAUCACGACCUGGAAGCUCUGUGCCACCAGAUAGUACAGGUACUAUAAAUACAAAUACCCUGUAAUGCUAAACUGUAUUAACCAAUUAAUUAGAACUAGUGAUAUCAAAUAAUCAAAA